AUGCCUGGUCAUCAGUCAACGGGCUGUCCCGCCUUCGGUCAAGUUGGGACAAUGCUGGACUUCAGCGCUUCAGCGUCAAUUGCGUCCGUCGAAAGUACAACGGGCGGCCUCGGCUCUCAAAUCCUCAAGUACAUUCUAAGCCUCAACCUCAUUCCUCCUUCUCAGAUCAUCAUCUCGCUCUACAAUACUUCCAGCGCCCGUACAGAUCUGCCGUCAGGUGUCCAAAUUCGUCAAGGAGACUUUUCUCGUCCGGAGUCGCUCGACGUCGCGUUUGCUGGGGCGGACACUCUCCUCCUAGUUUCGUAUCCAUCCAUCGCGCACAAGCUGCGAGUUGACAGCCACGUCAAUGCGAUCGACGCUGCAAAGAGAGCUGGGAUCAAGCGGAUCUACUAUACCAGUUUGGCGUUCGCAGACGGAAGUGUAUCGGCGGUGAUGCAAGCACAUCUAGAUACAGAGGCUUAUUUGAAACAGAGUGGGUUGGCAUAUACGAUUGUGAGGGAGGGGAUCUACGCGGAGUCAUACCCAUUGUAUCUCGGAUUUUUCGAUUCGUCAAAGGGAGUCGACGACAUAUACGUCCCCGGAGACGGCCCUAUCGCUUGGGUGUCGCGAGAGGAUUUGGGUGAGGGUAUGGCUCGUCUGAUAGCAUCGGGCACCAACGAAAACCAAACUAUAUUGUUCUCGGGUCCGCCCUCGAACAAGCUCACUCUGCGUGAAGUUGCCACGCUCCUUUCGCAUUGCCUCUCUCGCCCUCUAGCCCUUCAUAUCGUCGAUGUCGAAGAGUACGUCCAACGUUUCCAUGACGAAACCUCACCUUGGGCUACGGAAGCAUUCCUUCGGGCUUGGGCGAAAACAUUUGACGCGAUGGCCCGUGGCGAGACAGGCAAGGUCGAUGACCUCCUAGAAAGGAUUUUGGGACGUCCUCUCAGGUCUGUGGAGGAGGUCGUGAGAAACAAGCUGGAUCAAGAAGCGGUUACGCAGUAUGCGAAGUAAGGACUUCCGGCUCUAAUCAUGCUGAUGUCUCGUCAAUGUCCAGUUCUGUCUUGAUUAUCCAAUCAUCCAUAUAAGCCUAAAGUGAUAAUGAUCAUAAAACUACUCUUCCACGCGUUAUC